AUGCUGAUCUUGUUUACAACAGGAACUAUUACCGCGACCGAUGCUGAUGGUGUCGUGUCCGUAUACAACAACGGCGACAUAGCAUGGACGCUCACCGCCACGGCGCUUGUCUGGCUGAUGAUCCCCGGCCUUGGAUACUUCUAUUCGGGAUUACUCAGGCGAAAGAAUGCGCUCAGUCAAAUUUACUUGAGUCUCGUCUGUCUUGCAGUCGUAUCUUUCCAAUGGUUCUUCUGGGGCUACUCGCUCGCCUUUAGUGAAACCGGAAGUACCUACAUCGGCAACCUCAAGUACUUUGGCUUGAAAGGCGUCCUGGACACGCCGUCGAUGGGCAACGCCCGACUCCCCGCCCUCGUCUUCUGCCUCUACCAGCUCAUGUUCGCCGCAGCAACGCCCAUAAUCGCCCUUGGCGCGCUAGCAGAACGUGGGCGCCUAGCCCCCGGCCCAUUGUUCGUCUUCAUGUGGUCGACGCUCGUGUACGACCCCGUGGCAUGCUGGACGUGGUCCGCAAAUGGGUGGUCGUUCGUUCUGGCUGCGCUCGCUAUGAGCUUGUAUCUUGGAAAGAGGAAGGAUUGGGGAACGGAGAGGCUCAUGUACAAGCCGCAUAAUACGACGUAUGUCGUUCUCGGAGUCGUCUUUCUGUGGUUCGGAUGGUUCGGGUUCAAUGGCGGCAGCGCGCUCAGCGCCAACCUCAGAGCUGCUCAUGCGUGCAUCGUGACGAAUUUGGCCCCCAGCAUGGGCGGGUUGACGUGGAUGUUCUGGGAUUAUCGUCUCGAGAAGAAGUGGUCAGCUAUUGGGUUCUGUUCUGGUGCUAUUGCAAGUUUGGUUGCUAUCACCCCUGCUUGCGGGUUCGUCGGAGCGCCGGCGGCCGUUCUGGUCGGCGUCAUGGCUGGUACCUGCUGCAACUUUGGGACCCAACUCAAGUAUAUGUUCGGGUACGACGACACUCUGGAUAUCUGGGCAUCUCACGGUAUCGGAGGUGUCCUCGGGAACGUCCUCACGGCCUUCUUCGCCCAAGCGUCCAUAGCCGGAUUCGAUGGUAUCACCGUCAUAGAUGGAGGGUGGAUCGACCAUCAUUACAUCCAGUUGGGAUACCAGCUUGCUGAUAGCGUCACUGGGGUAGCGUAUACUUUUGUGAUGACUACUAUCAUACUGUGGAUCAUGCACUUUAUCCCGGGAUGUCGGUUACGGGGGUCGGAAGAGGCGGAGGUGAGUGGGCUGGACGAGCAUGAUAUGUGCGAGUUUUCAUAUGAUUAUGUUGGGCUCGAGCGGGACGUCGCAGGGGAUGGGGAUAUCAUAGGCUCGACGACAGGUGGGCGGAAGUCUGGGCAUCUUUCUCAGCAUCGUGGAAGUGAUAAUGGAAGCCUUGGGGAGAAGGACGUUCGGGUAGCGACGGUGCUCAUAUCCUAGGUCA